AUGCAUUGCAUCACGGCAUCUCUCCUCCUCUCGGCGUCGGCCUUGACUGCUGCAAAGUACACAUUCGAUCCUCUGAAGCACAUGUCAGGCAUUGCUCCCUACUUUGAGCCCGAAAAUCCUCCCUUCGACCCUGCCGCACCGCAAGGCUGCAACGUCAGCCGCGCCGCCUACCUCGUCCGUCACGCUGCCAUCUACGCAAAUGACUUUGACUACGAGUCGUACAUUGAGCCCUUUGUCAAGAAGCUCGAAGCCAGCCAGGGCAACAGCUCGAUCAAUUGGGAUCGCUCCCACGCUCUGUCCUUCCUCACCACCUGGACAAGUCCCAUUGAAGAUGAGGAUAUCGAGAAGCUGUCAAAGGUCGGCAACUUGGAGGCCAUGCAGCUGGGCGUCGACGUCUACGAGCGCUACCCAUCCUUCAAGCAGCCCGCGAAGAUCUGGACCUCUUCGGCCGAGCGCACCGUCCUCAGUGCCGAGAGCUUCAACGAGGGUUUCGCCAUCAAGGAGAAUGAGACGGAAAUCGUCCAGAUUGGCGAAUACAAGGAGACCGGUGCCGACUCUCUGACCCCCUACAAGGCCUGCCCCGCCUACUCUGGCAGCAGAGGAAGUAGCCAGUCCAUGGUCUUCCAGAAGAUGUAUACUGCCCCCAUCAUCUCUCGCUUCCGUCGUGAGGUUCCCUCGUUCAACUGGACCGCUUCCGACAUUUACGGCAUGCAGCAGCUCUGUGGUUACGAGACUGUCAUUCGUGGAGACUCGCCCUUCUGCUCUCUGGACCUGUUCAGCCCCAACGAGUGGCUCCAGUUCGAGUACACCAACGACAUCAUGUACCACCACAACACUGGCUAUGGCAACCCUGCUUCGGGCGCAAUUGGCUACCCCUGGCUCAAGUCCAACACCGACCUCCUCAUGUCCAACAACGCCAGCCAGGACAUCUACGUCUCCUUCACCCACAGAGAGCUUCCUCCCACCGUUCUCGUCGCUCUCGGCCUCUUCAACAACACGGCUUUCUCCGCUUCCGACGACGUCAACGCAACCAUGCCCAACGACGGCAUCAACCCCCAGCGUGUCUGGCAGAGCAGCAGAUUCAUGUCCUUCCUGACAAACAUCGCCAUCGAGCGUCUCGAGUGCGACAGCUUCGGCUACCAAGACAACUCGAACCAGACGGGCGAAUACUACCGCGUCUUGGUCAACAAGAACCCUCAGCUUCUGCAAGGAUGCGUUGAUGGUCCUGGCGAGAGCUGCUCGAGAGAGGGCUUCCAGAACUUCAUGCAGGAGAAGACACGGAGAUUCUCUGCCUUCUCGGAAGACUGUGCUGUCACCUAUGACAACUCUACCGACUCCUUGACUAUCUACCAGUCUUGA